AGGGAUACAGCUUUUGUAAAAAAAAAAAAAAAAAUAAUGUCAGAUUUGGACUUUUCGAAUUAUCGUAACAGGAUAAUUAGGUUAAUGUUAUGAAAAUGGUUUAGAGUUAGCUUAAAAUCAACAAAAAAUAUAUAUACUUUUGACAAAAACUUGAUCCCUUUGACCGACGAGAACAUUCUUGGAGGGGUCGCUACGUUUAGGUUAGAAGGAAUUGGUUCAGAGCUCCUGCCACUCUUCAGCAUCAUCUUGUUGUGAAAACGAACUGACAUCAAAACAUUGGCAACAUUUUUUUUUUUUAUAGCUAACAAGAUCCAUUUUAUUUAGCUACCUUGUCAGCUUUAGAUAUUAUCUCAAUCGGAACGCAGAAUUGAAUACGAAUUGUAUAUCAAGACGUCAUUCUUCAAUUGUAUUCAAUGGAAGAGCGGAAUGGCCACCACGGCGAGAAUGAACCGGAGACCGGGGAAAACGAAGACGCGGCGGAGCCUCCACCGAAGCAGUCGCGUUCAAGGAGUGACGAGUCGAAUCAUUUUGGAUUAGACAGUAACAACAUGGAGAGAACUACGGCCGGGGGAAGUGCCACCGAUGAACGACGCACGUCCACAUCCAACUAUUCGUCAAGGCAAAGGAUUGACUCCCUGAGAAAGAUCAGGCCACCCUUCCCCUGGUUUGGGAUGGACAUCGGUGGCACCCUGGUGAAGCUGGUCUAUUUUGAGCCCAAAGAUAUCACAGCCGAGGAGGAGCAGGAGGAGGUAGAGAACCUAAAGAGCAUCCGGCGCUACCUGACCUCCAACAUAGCCUACGGUAAGACUGGGAUCAGAGAUGUUCACCUGGAGAUGAAGGACCUGACGAUAUGCGGACGCACAGGAAACCUCCACUUCAUCCGUUUCCCCACCCAGGAUCUGCCGGCCUUCCUACAGAUGGCGCGCAACAAGCACUUCUCCAGCCUCCACACCACCCUCUGUGCCACCGGAGGGGGUGCCUACAAGUUUGAGUUCGACUUCCGCCAGAUGGCUGACCUCCAGCUGCUGAAGCUAGAUGAGCUGGACUGUCUGAUACGGGGCGUCCUCUACAUAGACUCAGUGGUGUCCAAUCCUUCAGAGUGUUACUACUAUGAGAACCCUACAGACCCUGAACACUGUGUCCAGAAACCCUUCACACUGGAGAACCCUUACCCUCUGCUGCUGGUCAACAUCGGCUCUGGCGUCAGCAUCCUGGCCGUCUACUCCAAGAACAACUACAAACGAGUAACUGGGACCAGUCUGGGUGGAGGGACAUUCCUGGGGCUGUGCUGUUUACUGACUGGCUGCUCCAGCUUCGAGGAGGCUCUGGAGAUGGCGUCGCAGGGGGAGAGCUCACACGUUGAUAAGCUAGUGAGGGACAUCUACGGCGGGGACUACGAGCGCUUCGGCCUCCCCGGCUGGGCUGUGGCCUCCAGUUUUGGGAACAUGGUGUGUAAAGAGAAGCGGGAGUCCAUCUCUAAAGAGGACCUAGCCAGAGCCACCCUGGUCUCCAUCACCAACAACAUCGGCUCCAUCACCAGGAUGGUUGCGCUCAACGAGAACAUUGAGAGGGUGGUGUUCGUAGGAAACUUCCUGAGGGUGAACACCCUGUCCAUGAAGCUGCUGUCCUACGCCAUGGACUACUGGUCUAAAGGCCAGCUGAAAGCCCUGUUCCUCAGACACGAGGUAAGACUGUCUACUGGGCUGAAAGCCCUGUUCCUCAGACACGAGGUAAGACUGUCUACUGGGCUGAAAGCCCUGUUCCUCAGACACGAGGUAAGACUGUCUACUGGGCUGAAAGCCCUGUUCCUCAGACACGAGGUAAGACUGUCUACUGGUCUGAAAGCCCUGUUCCUCAGACACGAGGUAAGACUGUCUACUGGUCUGAAAGCCCUGUUCCUCAGACACGAGGUAAGACUGUCUACUGGGCUGAAAGCCCUGUUCCUCAGACACGAGGUAAGACUGUCUACUGGUCUGAAAGCCCUGUUCCUCAGACACGAGGUAAGACUGUCUACUGGUCUGAAAGCCCUGUUCCUCAGACACGAGGUAAGACUGUCUACUGGUCUGAAAGCCCUGUUCCUCAGACACGAGGUAAGACUGUCUACUGGGCUGAAAGCCCUGUUCCUCAGACACGAGGUAAGACUGUCUACUGGGCUGAAAGCCCUGUUCCUCAGACACGAGGUAAGACUGUCUACUGGUCUGAAAGCCCUGUUCUUCAGACACGAGGUAAGACUGUCUACUGGUCUGAAAGCCCUGUUCCUCAGACACGAGGUAAGACUGUCUACUGGUCUGAAAGCCCUGUUCCUCAGACACGAGGUAAGACUGUCUACUGGUCUGAAAGCCCUGUUCCUCAGACACGAGGGCUACUUCGGAUCAGUCGGGGCUUUGCUGGAGCUCCUGGAUCCAUCCUGAUUGCUACGGUGGCCCUGAAGGUCAAACUAGCACUUAAGACCCACGGACUGCUCUUACCCAAAGCCAGACUCGCACUUAGACUUAAGCUCUUAAACCAAAGACCGUCCGUCCAUCAGGACUACACCUUGAUACUUUUAUCCUCCUCACUCCAUUGGUGCGGUGUGCUAGCAUGUACAAGUAGCCAGAUAGGUAACCUGUGCAGUAGCUAGAUAGGUAGGUAGACUGUAUAGUAGACAGGUAACCUGUAGGGUAGCUAGAUUGGUAGGUAGCCUGUACAGUAGCUAGAUAGGUAGGUAGACUGUAUAGUAGACAGGUAGCCUGUACAGUAGCUAGAUAGGUAGGUAGACUGUAUAGUAGACAGGUAGCCUGUACAGUAGCUAGAUAGGUAGGUAGACUGUAUAGUAGACAGGUAGCCUGUAGGGUAGCUAGAUUGGUAGCCUGUAGGGUAGCUAGAUUGGUAGCCUGUACAGUAGCUAGAUAGGUAGGUAGACUGUAUAGUAGACAGGUAGCCUGUACAGUAGCUAGAUAGGUAGGUAGACUGUAUAGUAGACAGGUAGCCUGUAGGGUAGCUAGAUUGGUAGCCUGUAGGGUAGCUAGAUUGGUAGCCUGUACAGUAGCUAGAUAGGUAGGUAGACUGUAUAGUAGACAGGUAGCCUGUACAGUAGCUAGAUAGGUAGGUAGACUGUAUAGUAGACAGGUAGCCUGUACAGUAGCUAGAUAGGUAGGUAGACUGUAUAGUAGCUAGAUUGGUAGACUGUAUAGUAGACAGAUUGGUAGACUGUAUAGUAGACAGGUAGCCUGUACAGUAGCCAGGUAGGUAGCCUGUAUAGUAGACAGGUAGCCUGGUCCGUCUGCAUACGUUUGACAGGAAUAUGAAUCGCUCCAGGAACGCCACCACUGUUGCCUUACUGUUUGGCAUGUUUAAUGUAAUUGCUUGAUUGCUCUGUCACCAUCAGCAGCCAAUGGCUCGGCUCUAAUGUUGACCUCCAUAGAAGGGUCUGGCUGAGGCCCAAUGGGCAUUCUCCUGGCACUAGCGUCAGGGUUAAUGCCAGUCAAUACAGGAAGCACACCGACGUUCCAAUUCUCUUCAAUGCUUUUCAAUCAGGAAAAUAUGGAAUAUGGUUUACUUUCUGAAUUGUAAUGGAAUUGAUCUCAACCCUGAUUAACUGUUUCGUUAACUUUCUUUUAUUUUAUUUAUUUUUACUACUGUUUACUGUAACAUUUUUCAGCUCAGCUGCAAAGUAAUUGUUACAUAUUGAUGAAAGAGGUGUUGAUUGAUAUCUGAUGACAAAUGGAAUAUUUGGGGGGGGGUCUGUUUUGGACAUGUUAUUCUAUGUUCACCUUCAAUGAACUGUUACCAAUGAACCUGACUCUUAUUCAACUUUACAUGAUAGUUAAACAUUUAGUCUUUAUACUGCCUUGAGUCUCUCUGUCUGUCUGUCUGUCUGUCUGUCUGUCUGUCUGUCUCUGUCUGUCUGUCUCUGUCUGUCUGUCUGUCUCUCUUUCUCCGUCUCUCUCUUUCUCUGUCUCUCUCUUUCUCUGUCUCUCUCUUUCUCUGUCUGUCUGUGUCUGUCUCUCUGUCUGUCUGUCUCUCUCUGUCUCGUCUGUCUCUUUCUCUCUCUCUCUCUGUCUCUCUCUCUCUUUCUCUGUCUGUCUCUCUUUCUCUGUCUGUCUCUGUCUCUCUCUGUCUCUUUCUCUCUCUCCGUCUGUCUCUUUCUCUCUCUCUGUCUACAAUACUAGUUUCAACUGUUCUCAUUAUUAGGCCUACUUUAACUACCUUUAUUCAGAUCACCAUGCCAACAGGUAUUCUUCCUGGAGUCCGUACACAUAACUAAAAAUACAUUACAGUUUACAUUAAGACACGGUAGUAGGCAACACUUUCAGGGAUCUGGAUCUGCUGUAUUUGUAUAGGGGUUUUAAAGGGGAGUCCCGGGUCAGACUCCCCCUUUUGCCUCCCGAACAUCCUGAAUUCUUGGAGGAAUUGAAACGUUGCUUAAUUGGUAUCAAGGGACUUUAACGUGUGGCAGGAAAAACAUUCUCUACACCAUUACACCACCGCCACCAGCCUGUAAUCAUAUACAUGCUUUAGUCCUAUCCCAAAGGCAAGUAACGUACACAAGUUGUUCGUGUUCAGUCUCAUCAAAUCAGCUCUAUGGUUUUUUUCUGUUUUGUGUUAUGGUGCAGCGUAAUUGUUUUACAUGAUACUAGUGCUUCACAUUCAGCUCAAUACAUUCUGUUAAGUGCCUGGUAUGUUGUAGUCUAGGAAAGGUAGAAAUGCAGACAAUCCUAUGAAGACAUGCUUUUUGAAACCAGACCUGUCUUUGACUCCAUACACCAAGUUCUCUAUUUGUUGGUGAUGUAUAAUGUUUAAAAAAAAAAAAAAAAAAUGUUAUUACUAAAUUUUUGUAAUAAAUAUAUUUUGUGUCAUAUAAA